CCGAAUUACCCUUUGGAAGCCCGAGACAUUCAGUCCAAGAUCCAGUCACCUGUUGUAACCCUCCACAUUUUAUACUUGCUCGUCAAUUGUAAAUCUGUGCAGGUCAUUACAAAUCCAAUUGUAUUCUGCGACUCUUUGUCUUGCCUGGGUCAGGUAAACCUCCCAGUGUGUUUACCUAAAUUUAUUGCUUCUGGAGCUUCUCAUUUGUGACAAUCAAUGCUGCCCAGCUACACUACACCCUUGGCCAACGACCCGCACGUUAUCAAAGUGUGCCCCGAGCGUCGCAUUCCGUCCAGUCGCUGUUUUUUUUCUUCAACAGUCAGUCAGUCGGGUGCAGCUUCUCCGCACCGGGCAAAAAUCGAAUCGAACCGUCUUAUCUUUGGCGCUUCUACACCUUCUGCCUUUCGAUGACAUCUUUUUGAUAACAUCAAUCCUCUCGCUACACCACAACAAUCAAUACCAACUGCCUAGAGAGCACCGUGUCGACCCGAGCAAAGCCGCCAGCUUCAUCUGCAGCUUGGCCUGCAGCUCAAUUGAUUUAAAUUGUUUGUCGGGGACUCGCAUCUCACCCAUCUAAUGUCUCCCGCUACUCUGAUCACCUUCACAAUGCCGACCACAUCGUGGGCUCCCCGCGCGGCCGCCAAAGUUCGGUCUACCCCCAUCUUUUGCCCAACGACAGCUAGCCGAACCUUCGCAACCUCAAUGCCCCGCCGUACUUUCUCCUCGUAUCUCGUGACUCCCAAGGAGGUCCACGAGGCUAUGCAAAAGAGCCCGCCAUCUUCUAUCAGCACCCACCCGAGAGUCAUCUGCCUCAACGCAGCAUGGUUCCUCCCCAACGACCCGGAAGGCCGAACGGGCAUCGAGUCCUACCGGAAGACACGGAUCCCCAAGUCGCGCUUCUUUGACCUAGACAAGGUCAUCGAUCGCCACAGCCCUUAUCCGCACAUGCUCCCCGAACCCAAGAGCUUCGCCUCUGCCAUGAGCGAGCUCGGGGUGCGCAGAGAAGAUACUGUCGUGGUUUAUGACACCAAGGAGCUUGGAAUUUUCUCAGCCCCUCGAGUGGCAUGGACUCUCCGGGUUUUCGGCCACCCCAAGGUCCACAUCCUCAACAACUUCCGCGCGUGGUGCGACGAGGAGCUACCCAUCGAGAGUGGAAACCUGUAUAACGUCGAGUGCUGCACGUACCCCAUCCCAGAGAUCUCUGCGGAUAAGGUUGCCGACUUUGAGGAGGUUCGCGAUGUUGCGAUGGACCACAACAAGGAGGGGGCCGAGGGAGUCCAAAUCCUUGAUGCGAGGUCGGCAGGCCGCUUCGACGGCUCUGCUGCCGAGCCUAGGCCGGGAUUGUCCUCGGGCCACAUGCCGGGCGCCAUAAAUGUACCGAUCGACACGCUCCUUGAUCCCAAGACCAAGGCUUUCCUUCCAGCAGAUCAGCUCAGGAAGGUCUUUGAAAGCAAGGGAGUCGACCCAUUCAAGCCGAUCGUCUCGACCUGUGGCACCGGAGUGACGGCUUGCAUCAUAGAUACGGCGCUCGAAGUAGCCCAGUUUGGUAACCCCGAGAAGCGCAAAGUUUACGAUGGCAGCUGGACCGAGUGGGCCCAACGUGUCAAGCCAUCGGAUUCUUUGAUCCGCAAAUCCGGAGAAUGAAAUCUCGAAUAGCUGCAUCUCUAAUUUGAAUGCCUCACUAACUGCAACUGAAGACAUCAUAAAAAGAUACCCUCCCCCUCAUGUGUCAUGUCACUGUUCCUUUGAGCAAACAUACCGACCAGGCCAAACCCGUCCUCGUCACGUACUCACACCUCUCAGCUCUUGACUGGCCAAUAUCCAGAUCUCCCAACCUGUUUUCGGUGAUCUGUGCCGACACCUUACUGUUUUUCUCUCUCCUCCAAGAUUUCGGAUUGCGUUCCCAUGGUUCCCACAUUUCCCAUUGACGAUUAGCGGCGCAGAUGAAAGGGUUUAAUGCUUUUGUAUUUGGAUUUACUUUGGCCUUUGGCGUUGGGUCCGUAUAUACUUAAUUACCAUUCAUCAUUCAGUCACGAAAAGAACUUCGGGACAUCAUCUACCUGCACAUACCUAAACCAAAAAUUGUUAGACGGUUGC